AUGGAUGAGCCGCAAGACCAGAAGAUUGCCGACCAAGCUGCCGACGCGCCCUCUUUACUAUUCUCAGAUGACGAGCAGCGCGUCCUGGCGCUCUACGAUGAACUCCGCGACCUUGAGGUGAAGGUUGCCCUCAUCAAGGCACAGCAAAGCUACGCCCCAGACUUCCCAGUACAAAACACCAAAGAGAAUGUGCGACAGGCACAACAGGACGCGGCAAAGGCGCGUGCUGAAUGGCUGCUGAGGAACGACAUCACAGACAACGUCAUCACGGCCAACCCCAUCCUCAAAGCGGUCCAUGGCAGCACGCAAUCCACGCCGAUUGAAUCUGAUCUUCUCCCUCACGUCCGCGCCCGCGACGCUGCCUCCAUCGCGCUUUCCAAGACAUCCUCCGACAUCCGUUCUGCUGUCGAUGAGCUCACCGAUGUCGAGGCCGAGAGUCUGCGCGUGGGCCGGCGCAACAUUGAGCUAGCGGCCGAAGUGCUGCGUCUGGCCAAAGAGACGGAGAUGAGGCGGACGGGCGAGACGGACGACCCCGCUGUGCAGGCAGAGAUGGCCCGGCUGCAGGUCGAGCUCAAAUCCAGCAGGCAACGGUGGAAGGUUAUGAAGGGCACGGCCAGUGCCGUGGUCGUUGGCAGUGGCGUCGACUGGGCAAGAGACGAAGCGCUGACGGACAUCGUGUUGGAUCCUGAGGAUGAGCGAUGA